UAGCCAGUUGUGUUUUGUACUUUUAUCCUUAUUGUGACCAUUAUAAUUAUUCUUGCGAUGUUUUUUACUACUUCACAAGAUCUUUAUUUUUGGUACUAAUAAGUGUAAUUGUUGGAGUAGCAUUUAUAUCUUCUAGAAUAACAAAUGACACUCGUAGAUUUGUAAUAACAAAUUCAAGCUGUAGAUCACCAUUUUUAUACAAUACCACCAAGCAGGAUUUAAUUUGUAGGAAGCCAAAGUAUUAUCCAACUCCGAAACCUUUUUUCCGUAACCUGCAGCCUACACUAAAUCCAUCCUGUGAUAAAUUAUUUGAUGGACAACAUUUAGAGAGACAACGUGUCAGAAAUGCAAUGGAAAAACUUGAGUUACCAUUUGAUGCUGAAGUAAUUGAGACAUAUAUGGACUGUAGCUUUGUACAAGAUGACUUUGACAACAACUUUUACAUUUCUCCAGAUGAAAUUGACUUCCCCAUUGCAUACGAGAUGUUAAUAUAUUAUCAGAAAAAUCGUUUCCUACAAGCACUCAAUUUAUUGAAAUUUAUUUAUAGACCCCACAACAUUUACUGUAUACAUAUUGACAAGGGUUCUCCUCAAUGGUGGAUAAAUGGUAUUAAAUGCUUUACGAGCUGUCUUCCUAAUGUUUUUGUGGCAAAAAAACUUGUCAAGAUAUACUAUGGAAGUGUUAGUAUUCUGGAUGCACAUUUGAGUUGUCUCAGUGAACUACUGAUAGUAACUACACCAUGGAAAUAUGUACUGACAUUACAUUCACCUGAACUCCCAUUGAUAAGUAAUCGGGACAUGUAA